ACCAUCGAAUGGGCAGCAGCGGCCCGCACAAUUCUACUUUUCCGCUACCGACGACGCCCCAGCGGUCUUGCACAUAAAGGACCCAAGUCAUUCAUUAGGGCCUGCAACUACUGUGCGACCGCAUCCCGGACUUCUCGAAUUCACCGUCACCCCGAAUUCGCCUAACGACCGCACAGCGACCCCGCACACAUCAUGGCUGAGAACUGGGAAGAAGAGGAGGAGAGGCUCGCGCAGCAGACGGGCGGCAUGAACCUCAAUAACCAGCCUCAGGCUUUCGUGCCCGGCGCGGCAUCCUUCACACCCGGCGCGUCGUCGUUCGUCCCCGGACAGGCCUACAACCAGUACCAGCAGCAGGGUUACGGGCAAUACCAGCAGUACGGAGGAUACAACCAGCAGUACGGUGGCCAGUACGGUGGCUACCAGCAGCAGCAGCAGCAGCAGCAGGGCGGUUAUCCCAACUACGGCCAAGGGCAGCAGGGUGGCUACCCUAACUACGGACAGCAGGGCGGAUAUGGACAGCAGUACGGAGGAUACCAGCAGCAAAACUACCAGCAGCCACAGCAGCAGCAGCAGCAGGCGCCUGUAAAGAUUGCAAAGCGUGGCGAGGUUGACCAGGCUGCUGAGCCCAAGAAGGACGCUGCGCCCAAGGCCAAGGUUUUGUCUAUCGGUGGCGAUGCGCCAAAGUCCAAGGUCCUCUCCAUCGGCGCAGAUGCCGUCGCACCAAAGACCGAGAAGGUUGGCGGUACCAAGGUCCUUUCUCUUGGAGCUGCAGCGCCAGCUGAGAAGUCGGUAAAGGAGACACAAGACAAGACCAUGCCCGAGGCUGGAGCCAAGGUUGCUGCCAAGCAGGCCAUCGAAAAGACCGGCGAGCCCACCACGGCUACACCUGCAAGCUCCGGCCACACAUCACCAACACCAGCAUCUGGACGCAACAGCCCUACACCCACAGCAAAGGACAAGAUCAUCCAGAAGGCCGCCGAUGUCGAGAAGGAGGUCGAGGAGGUUGUUGACGAGGCCACACUCGCUGAGAUCUACGGAAAAGAGCACGUUAACAUCAUUUUCUUGGGUCACGUCGAUGCUGGAAAGUCCACACUUGGUGGCAGUAUCCUCAUCUCCACAGGCAUGGUCGACGAGCGAACACUCGACAAGUACAAGCGCGAAGCCAAGGACGCCGGCCGUGAAACCUGGUACAUCUCGUGGGCGCUCGACUUGAACAAGGAGGAACGUCAGCAGGGUAAGACCAUCGAGGUCGGCCGUGGGUUCUUCGAAACAGAGAAGCGCCGAUACUCCAUCCUGGACGCACCCGGCCAUAAGACUUACGUCCCCAACAUGAUCGGUGGAGCAUCUCAAGCAGAUGUCGGUCUCCUCGUUAUCUCGGCGCGUAAGGGAGAGUACGAGACAGGUUUCGAGAAGGGUGGUCAGACACGAGAGCACGCCAUGUUGGCCAAGACACAGGGUGUCAACAAGCUGAUCGUCGUCGUCAACAAGAUGGAUGACCCCACGGUGGAGUGGUCUGAGGACCGCUUCAAGGAGUGCACCAGCAAGGUCGUUCUUUUCCUCAAGGGUCUUGGCUACAACCCCAAGACCGACAUUUACAUGAUGCCCGUCAGUGCGCAGACAUUCACUGGCAUCAAGGACCGUGUGCCCAAGGAGAAGGCCCCCUGGUACGACGGCCCAUCUCUCCUCGAGUACCUGGACAACAUGCAGGCUUUGGAGCGCAAGAUCAACGCUCCUUUCAUGAUGCCCAUCGCUGCCAAGUACAAGGACAUGGGUACCAUGAUCGAAGGCAAGAUCGAGUCCGGAAUCAUCAAGAAGGAGCAAAAGUACCUUAUGAUGCCCAACAAGGAUCUGAUCCACAUCUCUGCUCUAUACGGAGAGCAGGAAGACGAAAUUCCCGGUGCCACAUGCGGUGACCAAGUCCGCAUCCGUAUCCGUGGUGUUGAGGAGGAAGACAUCCUGCCCGGUUACGUUCUCUGCUCGCCGAAGCGACCCGUCAACUGUGUCUCUACAUUCGAGGCCCAGAUCGUCCUGCUCGACAUCAAGUCCAUUUUCACAGCUGGUUUCAACUGCGUGCUGCACGUCCACGCUGCACAAGAGGAAGUCACCAUCUCGGCGCUGCUGCACAAGCUCGAAAAGGGCACCGGUCGCAAGAGCAAGAAGGCACCCGGUUUCGCCACAAAGGGUAUGAGCAUCAUCGCUCGAGUGGAGGUUACAGGCACAGCUGGAUCUAUUUGCGUUGAGCGCUUUGAGGACUACCCCCAGCUUGGUCGUUUUACACUGAGAGACCAAGGUCAGACGAUUGCCAUUGGCAAGAUCACCAAGCUCAUUACCGCCGAGAACGCUACUGCUUAAGCUUCUGUAGCGCACGCGACUGUAUCUUGACGAGUUACGAGUGGUUGGGAGGCAAUCUAGAGGAUGCAUGUGCUAAGGAAGGAAUAUGCCAUAGACCAAAAGUGAAACCGCAUACACUGAAUACUCCACACACCGUUCUUCCGUAUUCGAUCUUUGUAUGAUGAUGAUAUUGUGUUAGG